UACGAACUUUCCGGACAGACCUCGUACUAAUGGUACCUUUAUACCCAUGCAGACCAUGUUAAAUGUUUUUUCUUCUCUACAUUUUACACAGCAUCAUCUAGUCCCAAACUAAGCACAGCUUGCACCAUGGAUACUACACAACUAGAUAUAUAGAUCAAUAGAAUAAAUACUGUAAUAUUUUUUUUGCAAAUACAUAGAUAUUAUACAUAGAAAACAUCCAAACCAAUAUAAACAGAUAUAGGUAUUCAUGAAAACAAUUUUUUUCUUUGUACGGAGAUCGAUUUAGAUAGAUAGAUAGAUAGAUAGAUCGUUUAUUUGUUUGUUACUAAUCACACACAACAUGUACAUAAGAAUAGAUAAUACAUAAACAACAUAAGAUUUAUAAAAUUGUGUUAUUAUGUGUGAUCUGCAGCAAUACAAAAAGGUCGAAGCUCAGCGUGUAACAUUGUUCAAGGAACAAAACACUGAUUUUCAGCUUUAACCCAUUUGAGGGUACGUGAAAAUAAUAAUUAAAAUAAAUAUAAAAUAAAAAGAGCAAUAUUUUUGGUGAUUGUCUGUGCAGUGUGUGUAUAAUAAAAAUAAUGUAAAUAGUUCAGAGUAUAAUUUGAUAUAAUUUUAACUGAGUGGUAAGGAUAAAGCGAAAAAAAAAAGAAAAUAUUAAUAAGAGAAACAUGGAAAGAAAAAAAAAAAUUAAAAAUCAUUACAUGAGUUUGCAACCGCUAGCCAAGAAAUUUCUGUGGAAUGCCUAAAAUUUGUUUUUUUAAUAAGUAUUCUUUGUGAUGUUUUUUAAAACUUUGUACGGUAGAUUUCAUAGUAGUCCAGUGUAUAGUGAGACCACCAAAAAGGUCAUAAUAUAAAAUUCACUUUGAUUUUUACCAUAUAUCAAUCUUCAAAUCUCUUGCAGGAUAAGCAAGGAGAACCGAGUGGCAAAUACAUCACAAAACACACACACACACACACACACACAAAAAUACAUCUCUUGUUUCCUGGCCUUUCAUAACUUGACUUUUAUUUCACUAUUGUUUCGUAAAUGUACUACAAAUACAUAUACAUUAAUUAAUAUUGUUAUUUUAAUGUAGGGGAAUGUUCUUUUAGUUCACCUGCCUUCGACUGUUCAUGCAGUACUUAAAUAAUCGUUUUCUUUAUUGACUUUUUAAUUACUUUAAUCACCACCUAGAAAUAAACAUCAGAGACAUCGACAGACCUUUCCAGAAACCAUAAUAACUCGCUAUGUAUUAUAUCUAUAUAAUGCUUUUUAUACUUGGUAUAUUUAUUACAUAAUCUUGGCAAAUUCUUCGAUUAAAUAUUUAGUUUAAUACCGAAAUCAUUAGGAAUUUUCUGUUAGUGAAACUGAUUAUUUUCUCCAAAGAAUUAUAAGUUAAAAAUGACUACUACUACUAAUUGGAAAGCUAGACUCACCAUUUUAGUGUGGGAGGCUCAAAAUUUUUAGUCAUUUAUUGAUUCAUAUAUACGAGUACCUAUUCCUUUGAAAAAAAAUGUACAGUUCCUUGUUUACAGUACCUUCCCUUUCAAAAGAGUUGUAUCUAGUCAUUUCGUUUUAUACGUAAAGUUGUCGAAUUAUUAUUAGAAGCUCUAAAUUUUGAGGAAUGGGUAUUCGAGAAAAUGUAAAAUAAUAAAAAAUAUAACAAUUUCAGUGUGUACAACAUAAUAUCUCUUUAUUUCUAGGUGGGUAGUGGUAGCGGGAGCGUGGCGCGCGAGCGUAAUGCGGCCUCCAUCUACCCCUGGGACAGCACGCAACGACCGUCACUCCUCGCUGCUACAGUUAGCAGCGUGGGGUGUGCCGGCUGCGUUGGCCGCCGCUGUUCUUGUAACUAGAGAUGUUGACGCUGAUGAACUUACAGGUACUUGCUUCGUCGGUAACCAGUCUAGUAAAUCUUUACUAGCUCUGGUCAUCGUUCCGGAGGCGAUAUGUCUACUUCUCGGAUCCCUGUUUCUUGCAUCGGGCCUACGAGCUGUUCUUCGUCGGCCUGCCCCUGUACCAGCACCAUCUGUCCUCUUGAACGCCCCACCGCAACCAGUAACAGAUCAGAGCUUACUACGAUUAGGAGCAUUCGCGGCAUUAUAUGCAGUCCCAUCGGCCUGCAUACUAGCUACAUGGAUGUACGAAUAUGCAUGGAGAGACUACUGGUUAGCAGCUCCCGUGCCAUCCUCUGAACCGUCAACGCACCCGCGUCCUGCAUUUUGGGUGUUCCUGUUCAGAAUAUUCGCAUCACAAAUAUUGGGCGUCAUGGUCGCGGUUUGGAUAGCGACGCCCCGUUUAAAAGCUUUGUGGCGGAUGAUAGCUGGGCCGAGAAAACCACCAUUGGCGAAGUGUCCGUCCGGCCCGCCUCCUACACCUUUAACCCUACACUGUUACGCCACUCAUCCGCACACGUUGUCACGAUCACAGAUCCACAAAUAUGCGACUUACCGACCACCACAACAACAUUCGUACAGAAAGCCAAGACAUUACCACUAUUCAGCUGGUGAGACUAUCCUAUGACCGUAUAGUCAACCAUCUACUCAGGACUAAAAGACAUUUCAAUUAUAAAGAGAGCCCUCUCUGAUCAUGCAUUUAUUAUUUAUGAUAAUUACUUAUAAUAGAUUAUGUUUCAAUAAUCUACAAUAAGUUUAGAAGUGCCAUUAAUAUUUUUUUAAAGUGUUAAGGUCAUAUUGACUUGUUGCUUUAAAUUUGAUGUCGUCAGUGUUGUUUUUGGAAAGAGUUUGCCAUCUUUUGUCCAAGGAAACAGUUCAUAAUGGACUUUAGUAAAUAUGUAUAUAAGUUUUAUAUGUGCUAUAGAUGUAUAGCGACUUGUAUUAAGUAUCUAGAUAUUAUUUCACAGACUGUACAGUAGCAUAAUUUGACAAUAAUUAUAAAUUAAAUAAGUGAAUGAAUGUAAUGUGACUAAGAUACGAGUAUACCUACAUAUGUAAAUAUCAAAUAAGUAUAAGGGAAAGAUUACACUUGUGGACAAAUAGAUCUUUUUGUAUAAAAAUUUAUUUAAUUUUUAUAAGCAAUUAUCUAAGUUAACUAUCUAUACAUAAAAUACUUUUUGUGUACCUAUUUUAAUGAUAAAAGAAGGUAAUUAUGAAAACGUUUUCUAAAAUAUGUUUAGGUAAGACUAAAUAAAAAAAUCGAUAUCAAGAACAAAAUAGUACCUACCAAGUUCCAAGAAUAGGUACCAUCAGCACCGAAAGUUGAUAACACACAAAUUAUUGAAAACUGAAUAAAAUCUUAUAGCAUAAUUAGCGAAAAAAUUGGAUGUACAUAAAAAAAGUUAAAAUACAUUCUACGAUGUAAAUAGAGGUAAUAUAUACUGGUCGUAUUCAUGAACUUGUAUUGCCGACCACACUUGUUGUGAAUAUUAAUGAUUUUUCAUUGGUUUAAUUUAUAAUAUUAGAACACGAUUUUGUAAAUAGAAUCUGUAGAUAGACAAAAAUCACACCUGGAAAUAAGCUGCACUAUAUCGCCUAAUGUACAAAUGAAUAUCGAUCACAAUACAAAAGAAAAUAUAUAAUUUAGAAGUUAAAUAUUCUAUUUUUAAUUAAUUUAAUUACUUUGCGAUUCACUUGUUAAUAACGCGGCCGUGGAUCAUGAUCUGGGUUUUUGGCCCAAUAUAUUUUUACUUACUUCAAACUGCACUUACAGUGAAAUAUAUUAGGUAAAAAGGAACAAUAAAUAGACUAUCUAAGAAACUGUCAAUAAGCAAGAGUCAUAAUAAAAUUUACAGAGGUGUUCUUAAUUAGCCUCCACUUUAAUUUAUUCGUUUGUUAUGCGAUAUGUUCUUUAUUUUUUCAGUAUUAAUAAUUUUGUCACUGCUGAAUUAUUUUACAAAGCAAAAUUAUUAAAUAAUCAUUAGCCAUCUAUCCCACCAUUAUUGUUAAAUCUAUGGCAUUAAGCAUGAUAUUUAUAAUUAUAAUAUUUAAUAGUUUAUUUAAACAAUGCGGUAGGUGAAUCAGAAGCCGCUUAUUGCCAAAAUAGUAUUAUACUGUAAAUAGGCAAAAUGAGGUCCUAUGUUUUGUAAAUAAACUAAUAUAAGACGAAAUAAAAUAUGUGUAUACAAUUAAA